UCAUUACAACAUAAAUCAUUCAUCUUCUUAUAUAUUCUCCAAAGAUAACUUAAGAUGGCUGUUAUUACAGUAGAGCUCGAGGUUGCUUCCUCAUAUCCUGCUUCCAAACUUUUCAAGGUCUUUAGUGACUUCGAUACCCUUGCACCUAAACUUGAACCUGAAACAUACAAAGCCAUCGAUAUCAUCCAAGGUGAUGGUGGUGUUGGAACGAUCAAAACCAUUACAUACGGUGAAGCUGUCCCAUUCACAAGCUCAAAGCACAAGGUUGAUUCAGUUGACGUAACCAACUAUAGCUCAGCAUACACCAUCUUUGAAGGUGAUGUCUUAAUGGGCAUAGUAGAAUCUGCCAAUCAUCAUGUAAAGUUUGUACCUUCUUCUGAUGGAGGAUCCGUAUACAAGCACACGGUGGUGUUUACCUGCAAAGGCGACAAUACUGUACCUGAGGAAACUAUCAAUCUUAUGAAAGAAGGAUUUAAGAAGAGCUUUAAGGGGUUUGAAGCCUACGCCAUUGCUCAUCCUGAAGCGUACUGAGUCAUAUGGGAUCUACAUGUUUUGGUUCAAUAAGACACGGUUUGGUUUGUCAGUACCCAUAAGAGAAAAAAAUAUAUGGUUUUAAUUCUUGCCUUCGUCAACUAUAUUUAUGGACAUUAGUCCGGUUGUAUCCUUUUGUAAGUUGUUUGGAUUUGAUAUUACAAUAAAUUUACAAAAACCACACGUAAAUUAAUUAUGUUUGAUGUUUGAUUUCCAGAAUAAUUAUUCUCUUCCUUAAUCAGGCUAAUUUGUCUCACCU